UAUGCCUUUGAUCUUUCUAGGGUCUCUAAAUCCGCCACCGAACUACUCAGGACCGCGGUUGCCCCACCGGAAACGGCUUCCUGAGACAACACUAGAACUUGAGAAUUUAUUAGGCAUGUCACGCGUUUUUUUGGUUCUGUGGCGCAUUUGGUGACUCCAAGAGCUGCGUACGAUUAUCAUCUAAACGCCGAACGUAUUACGUGAUGGCCUGGGAAGGCAUUCAGCAGUAUCUUCCCGGUGGAUAGAUAGGCUGGCCUGAACUGCGAUCUUUCUCCCUAACAUACAUCCAUUUAAUCGUCAAGUUAUCCUGCGAUACUACCCAAACCUGCCCAAGAUGGCCGAGAUCGACCCCUUGAUUCUCUCAUUCUCGCAUCUGCCUGACUUCCCUCGGGCAAAGAGUGCACUCCAUAUGCUGAAGAAGGUGGCAUCUCUGGUGAAGCCGAUCAUGCGCGCUCGUGGUUGGAAGGUCAGGCAACUCACAGAAUUCUACCCCGAGCAACAAAACCUCCUGGGUCUCAACGUGAAUGCCGGCCACAAGAUAUGUCUCAGACUUCGAUAUGCAAGCGACCGCACACUCUUCCUGCCCAUGGAACAAGUAGUUGACACGAUGCUGCAUGAAUUAUCCCACAACAUCCAUGGCCCCCAUGAUGCAAAGUUCCAUGCCUUGUGGAAUCAAUUGCGUGAUGAGCAUGAGGCACUGGCGAUGAAAGGCUACACAGGAGAAGGCUUCUUAUCUGAAGGCCACCGGCUAGGCGGGAGAAAAAUCCCCAUGACGGAAGCCCGUCGACUCGCUCGAGCAGCAGCUGAGAAACGCCGGACACUCGGUACCGGGUCCGGGCAACGUUUGGGCGGAGCCGCACCUAGACCGGGCCAAGACAUCAGACAAGUCAUUGUUGAUGUUGUGGAGCGCCGGAACAAGACACUGCAGGGCUGUGCCAGCAAUAAUCUUAGCCAGAACGAGAUCAAGGAGAUUGCAGAUACGGCAUCUAGAAACGGUUUCAGAACUCAGGCUGAAGAAGACGCUGCGAACGAAGCCGCUAUUGCCAAAGCGCUGUGGGAGCUGGUGCAAGAAGACGAGAAGGUCAAAUACGGCGAUUCUUAUGUCCCGGCUACUGCAAGCAAUCCUACGGGAAGUGGCGGAGGAAUUGCGUCGGGACUGAGGGAGGAGAACCAGAAAAAAGGCCAAUCGUCCGAGUCACAGGCACGCCCAGCCGAGCUAGACCAGGCAAGUGAAAAUGGCAAUAGCCCUGUACCGACGGCUUGGAACUGCGAAGUAUGCACACUGGAAAACCCACUAAAUUAUCUAUGCUGCGAUGCAUGCGGGACCGAGCGAUCCGAGGCCGUCACAAAAGGCCUGAUCGAGAGGUCGUCGAAAAGGCGGCGAACAACCAUUGACCUUACCAAGCCAAAUUCCAAUCUCAAACCCGCGCGAGCCGCUGCACUGCCAACAAGACCAGGCCCAGCUGAUCCCAAUGCGCCGUCUCAGACUAAGAAGCAUCCAGCACAAUCAACUUGGACGUGUUCAUUCUGCGGCCGAGUCCGUGAGAAAAGCUGGUGGUCUUGCGAUCUUUGCGGCAAAGUCAAAGAAAGCUCUUGAGAUCAAAUAAUGUGACGAUAUGAACAAGCCCAACUGUAGCAUUACUAAGAAGAAUCUUUGGCAUCGUGGGGAGGGAAUAGGCGUAAGCUAUAGUGCACAGGGUUGCUUUAGACCAAAUACAAAAAUCCACGGGUAGCGUACCGGGGAGAUGACAUCAUUUAUACAUUGUAUUACUG